AGCAAUUCAUAAAAGCGAUGUCUGUCGAUUUCAAUACUGUUGCAACUGAAUUCUGCCACUUUUACUACCAACAAUUUGACUCUGACAGAACCCAAUUGGGUAAUUUGUACAGAGAUCAGUCAAUGUUGACCUUUGAAACCUCUCAAUUACAAGGAGCCAAGGACAUAGUUGAAAAAUUGGUAUCUUUACCAUUCCAAAAGGUAGCCCACAGAAUAUCUACUUUGGAUGCUCAACCAGCCUCUCCAUCUGGAGAUAUUUUGGUCAUGGUUACUGGUGAGUUAUUGAUUGACGAGGAACAAAAUGCCCAACGUUAUUCUCAAGUUUUCCAUUUGAUUCCAGAUGGAAACUCCUACUAUGUUUUCAAUGAUAUCUUUAGAUUGAACUACUCUUAAAUAUGAGGUCAAAUAUGACAAAUUAAGCUCCCUUGGUGAUAUAGAGUUCAAAUAAUACAAAAUAUUUAGCCGAUUUUCUAGGGUGUCUCAGCGUUGUUGUCUACGUAGUUUUGUAUAGUAUGAUAAACAU